AUGGCUUUAUCUUUGGUGAAGAAAGCCAUUUUAGCCAAUCCCCAUUCUCUCCGCAAAAAUGUUGGAGUAUUUUGCAAUGCUGCAAGGAACCAUUGGAAUUAUCAAUACAAACCCGGUCCCUAUCCUAAGACAAUGGCAGAGAGGCAGGCCGCGGCAAAAAAAUAUGGUUUGAGUAUUGAGGAAUAUCAACCAUAUCCAGAAGAAAUGGGAUAUGGCGACUACCCAAAACUGCCUGAUAUUGGUGCCGAUUCCAAAGAUCCUCACUAUCCCUACGAUUUACCAUACUUGAAAAGAAAUUUUAAUGAACCUUUUCAUGUCGCAUCCGAAAUUAUUGGUGAAGAUCGAUUUAACAUAAGUGUCAAGCAUAGGAUUCCAUUGUGGCAACAAUGGACCUGGUUUUUGGGAGUUAUGUUUGGGAGUUACAUGCUGUAUAGGUAUUUGGAUGAUUACAAAAUUGGCAGACCAGUUGUCGCUAAGCAAUACCCACAAGAAGGGCCACAUUACAUGUUCUGCCCUAAAUGA